CUCCCUCCUUCUUUUCUCUGCGAGCCUGAGCGGCCAUCCUCGUAGCUUUCGCUUUUUGACGCCGUUUUGACGAUGUUUCCGAAGAAGCGUAGAGCAGAGGGCGCACCUGAGGUGUCUGAAGACGAUGGCGACGAGUUUGAGCCGCUGCCAAUCAUCGGCCGCCAUUGUGUUGACAGAGCGUUGAAGGAGGCCGACGAGGCGCUCGCCGCCAUCGAGCAGUCGGCCAAACAGAUCCGCAAGAAGCUGCGGCAGCAAGCAGCGACGAUUCGCGACCUGAUCACAAGCAAUGGCGGACAGCCGAUGGUGACGGGCCCGUUGAGUGGUGAGAUCGAGAUCAACGUGGGCGGGACGGUGCUGUGUGUGCCUCGCAAGCCGCUGCUGCUGCCCGGCGUGAGCGGCUCGUUCGUCGCCUAUCUGCUGCUGCACCAUCUGGAUGGGCUGCCCAAGGACACAAAGGGCCGGCCAUUCAUCGACGCUGACCCAAUCUACAUGGACUGGUGAGCCAGUCGACAUACUGAGGGCAGGGAGGGCACACAAAGUCAACAUAAUGCUGUCUGCUGUACCUCCUGCUGUAUCUGUUGGUGUCAGGUUGUUUGACGAGAUUGCCAACGUCGGUGCUGCAGAUGCCCAGGGCGAGACGAAGGAGAUCGUCUUCGAGCCAGGGCCCGACAGCAGUGUGCCAUCCGACCCCUUCUACCAUGACCUCUUCUUCGACAACAAGAUCUCAUCGCAGCAGCAGCAGCAGAAGGAUGCGUCAGCUGACGAUCUCGGAGAGAAGAAGGACGCUGCCGGUGGGGCCAAGAAGGCCGAUGCUGUCGAUGACCCCCUGAGCGACCUGCGCACGAGUGUCGAGAGCCUCGAGACGGCGGUGGAUCGGCUGUGGUCAGCAGAGCUGGAGCUGACCAAGUUCCAUGCUGUGAUGGGACCGUUCCUCAAGUCGAAGGGCGGCGGGGCCGAUGAGAUCAGGAGCGUGCGCGUGAUGGGCAAGAGGGUGUCGACCACCGAGGCCACCUUGGCCUUCAUCGGGCGGGACAAACCGCUGGGCACGGCAUUCGACAGGUGCGAAGAGCACACGCACGCGGCAAGGCACAAAACCCUCCCCUUCUCUCUGUUCCCUGUAGGAGUAUGACGCUUUCGUGCAUCUCGACUGCCCACUUCUCCAAGAUCGUCGACUUCGCCCGAAGACAGCGCAUUGCUCCCCGAGGGUCCCGUGUGCGAGCGCCCACCGCCCCGCCCAGCAAUCAGCACCAGCUGCAAGUCGAUCUGCAGAUGUACGGCCUGCAGACGGCGGACAUCUACACGCCCCUGAUGCUGCCCCACGAGAUGCAGGCCGUCAUCGAGAUGACCGGCAAAGAGAACGCCAAGACCGAGCUGCUCUUCAAGUGACACGAGCAUCACUCAGACGGAAGGAGAGGAAACUUGGCACCUAUGUGUUGCCCGUUGUGGUCGUCAGGUCCAGUCGUGAUGGCAAGGCGUACCCCAAGAUGCUCAGCAGCGCCCAGGGCAAGAGCGGCCUGCUGUUCGCCCUUCAGGACAACGACACACACCGAUUCGGCACCUUCAUCGAUGGAGAACUCACAUCACCUGACGACCCCGACGACACCGACGACUACAGUGUGCCGGUCUUCUUCUUUUCGCUGAGUGGCGCUUACAAUGCACCGACCAAGAUCGAUGUGCCAGAGGAGGACCAGGAGGUGGCGGUGGCCGGCACAGAGGGGGCGGUGGAGGACGACAAGGAGCGGCCGCGUGCGAAUGUCUGCAUUGGUGACGGCUAUCUGUGGCUCGGAUAUGGUGAUGAUGGUCCUGCAGCCGACCUCAGCAGCUGCAAUCAGCGGAUGCCGAAGGACCUUUUGCUGGGUAUCACGGAAAGAUCGAUCGAGAUGGCGACGGGUGUCUGGCCACCGCCAGCUGCUUCACAUUCCUCGAUAUGGAAAUAUGGCAGGUACGGCACCUGGGAGCUCGACGGGAGCACCGGAUAGGUGACCGAUGGCCUUUUGUGUUAAUGUGUGUGCAGGUGGUGUGUGUUGAUGGGGAGCGACUGAGCGGAUCUGAUCUCAACACCACGUAGAUGGCCGUCUGAGGUAGGAAGAUAGCACAAAUGGAUGGAUGGAUGGAUGGACGGAUUACUCUCUCUUUUUCUCUCUCUGUGUAUGUGUGUGCGUGUGUGUGCAGUCAGUCGCGUGUACACCAACCCCGCGCAUUGCAUGCUUCUUGUGCGUGCGUGCGACACUCACUGGUCGACUGAUUGAUUCAUCUGAUUCAGUCAUUCAUGUGUGCAUGGUCUUGACACAUAUCGGAUGCAUCAACAGACACAAAAAAUACUUGCAACACACGUAUGUAUCAA